AUGUCCGACCUUCAGGGUCGCAAGAUCUUCAAGGUCUUCAACCAGGACUUCAUCGUCGAUGAACGCUACACUGUCACCAAGGAAUUGGGCCAGGGCGCAUACGGUAUCGUCUGCGCCGCCACCAACGGUCAGACCGGCGAAGGCGUGGCCAUCAAGAAGGUCACCAAUGUCUUCAGCAAGAAGAUUCUCGCCAAGCGCGCCCUGAGAGAAAUCAAGCUGCUCCAGCACUUCAGAGGUCACCGCAAUAUCACUUGCCUAUACGACAUGGACAUCCCCCGCGCGGACAACUUCAAUGAGACCUACCUAUACGAGGAGUUGAUGGAGUGCGAUCUGGCCGCGAUCAUCCGCUCCGGACAGCCCCUGACCGAUGCCCACUUCCAGUCCUUCAUCUACCAGAUCCUCUGUGGUCUCAAGUACAUCCAUUCCGCCAACGUGCUGCACCGUGAUUUGAAACCCGGAAACUUGCUGGUCAACGCCGACUGCGAGCUGAAGAUCUGUGAUUUUGGUCUGGCCCGUGGUUUCUCGAUCGACCCGGAGGAGAACGCUGGAUACAUGACGGAAUAUGUCGCGACGAGAUGGUACCGUGCGCCGGAGAUCAUGCUGAGCUUCCAGAGCUACACCAAAGCCAUCGAUGUCUGGUCCGUGGGCUGUAUCCUGGCCGAGCUUCUCGGCGGUCGCCCCUUCUUCAAGGGUCGCGACUACGAGUACGUGCGCAACCUGCCGUUCAUGCCUAAGAUCCCGUUCCAGCGCCUGUUCACCAACGCGAAUCCCGACGCGCUCGACCUGCUCGACCGCAUGCUCGCAUUCGACCCCUCCUCGCGUAUCUCGGUCGAGGAGGCCCUGGAGCACCCCUACUUGCAGAUUUGGCACGACGCGUCGGACGAGCCGACCUGCCCCACGACCUUCGACUUCCACUUCGAGGUCGUCGAUGACGUGGGUGAGAUGCGCCGCAUGAUCUACGACGAGGUCGUGCGCUUCCGGGCCACCGUCCGGCAACAGUCGCAGGUGCAGGCCGCCGCGCAGCAGCAGCAGAUCGCCCAGCAGACCAACGUGCCCAUCCCCGAUAACCAGCAGGGCGGCUGGAAGCAGGAGGAGCCCAAACCCCAGGAGGCGGGCGGUCUCCACCAGAACGAUCUGGAAUCGUCGCUGCAACGGGGCAUGGACGUCCAAUAA